GAGAUGAGAGUGGAAAUGUACAGUAAGAAAAUACUUAGAUAUUGUGGAAUAUAGUUCAAUUACUCAAUUAGCUUUCUUUGUUUUUCCGAGGUGACUCUCUUCCCUUGCAGUUACAGUUAAUGGCCUCUUCUUCUUCUUCUUCUUCCAUCACUCCUAAAAUAGAGUAUGAGGUUUUCCUUAGUUUCUGUGGUGUGGACACCCGGAAAAAGAUUACCAGCCAUCUAUAUGAAGCCUUUUGUCAGAAAAAAAUUAAAACUUUCAUUGAUGAUAAUCUUAUCAGAGGAGAAGAAAUAUCCCAAUCUCUCUUGAAGGCAAUUGAACAUUCAAAGAUCUCGGUUAUCAUUUUCUCUAAAGGCUACCCUGCCUCUAGAUGGUGUCUCAAAGAACUUGAAGAGAUAGUUAAAUGUAAGAACAAGUAUGAUCAGAUCAUAAUACCGGUCUUCUAUGAAGUAGAUCCAUCUAAUGUCAGGAAUCAAACGGGAGAUUUUGGGAUUGCAUUUGGUGAGCUGGAAAAGCGUUUUAUGGAUGAUUUGGAGAUGUUGCAGAGAUGGAGGACUGCUUUGAGGGAUGCAGCCAACCUAUCUGGUUUUGAUUCAAAAAACUACAGAACAGUCAAAAGAAACAGAACAGCAUUGAAGUUAUUCCAUAUUUCCUUAUAUCGUUAUUUAUCGUCUCAUUCAGUGUCCUUUUUAUCUUUUUUACUUUUUAGGAAUGAAGCAUCACUUGUAAAUAAUAUUGUUGAUGAAAUUUUGAGAAGAUUGGACUAUGACUCCUCAAUAAUUCACACCAAGAACCUAGUUGGAUUAGAUUCAUCAAUCGAGGAGAUUGAAAAUUUAUUAUGUAUGAAGGGUGUUUGCAAAGUAGGAAUUUGGGGCAUUGGGGGUAUAGGUAAAACUACUCUUGCUACUGCAAUAUUCAACAAAAUCUUUGGACAGUUUGAAGCUUCUUAUUUCAUUGAAAAUAUUAGAGAAGAAUUAGAGAAAAACGGAGGAUUAAAUGAGAUGCGCCAAAAACUCAGUCAUGCACUUUUUGGGGAUAUACAUCCUAAUAUUGGAUUCAUCUUCCCAAGAGAAAGACUUAGCCGCAAGAAAGUUUUGAUUGUGUUUGAUGAUGUGACUACAAAUUUAAAACAAAUAGAUUUUUUAAUGGAAGUUUUUGACUACUUGAAUUCAGAAAGUCGGAUAAUCCUAACGACAAGGGAUAAACAAGUGCUGGCAAAUUGUGGAGUGCAUCAUAUACAUGAGAUGAAAGGAUUAGCUUUUGAUAAAGCUUUUCAACUUUUUACCCAAUAUGCCUUUAGAGAAAACAACCCAACAGAAGAUUAUAUCGGGCUAUCAACAAGUAUAGUAGCAUGUGUUGAAGGUCUUCCACUAGCUCUUAAAGUUUUAGGUUCCUUUCUAUUUAAGCGAACAAAGAGAGAAUGGGAAAGUGCGAUAAAAAACUUAAAAAGUAUUAAUACUUAUGGGGAUAUUCAGAAGGUGCUAAGAGUAAGUUAUGAAGGAUUACAUGAUAAAGAAAAGGACAUAUUUUUGGAUAUUGCCUGUUUUUUUAAAGGUUAUAAAAGAGAUCUUAUAGAAGCAAUCUUAAAUACUCGUGACUUAGACUCUCACAUUUAUAUAAAUGUUCUCAUUGAAAGAUCUCUAAUAAUUACUUCAUUUGACACUAUAACAAUGCAUGAUUUACUUGAAGAAAUGGGUAGAGCAAUUGUUCAGCAAGAAUCAAUUGAUGAUCCUGACAAACGUAGUCGAUUGUGGGAUUAUGAGGAUAUUUUUUCAGUAUUGAAGUAUAAUACGUUAAUCAAUAUAUAUUCUCUUGAUUAUCAGGGAACUAGAGCGAUUCGAAGUAUACGCUUAAAUACGUCUAAAGUAGCAGAGUUCCAUCUAAAUCACAAAGCUUUCAACAACAUGCAAAACCUACGAUUCUUGGAAUUUUAUGGGUCCGAACCUGAAAAAAAUGUGUUUGAAUCUGAUUCCUCCGCAUUGUGCCAUAACAUAAGAUUAUUGAAAAAACAUAGAUCCAAGGAUGAAAAGAAGGUGCAUGGUUUUGAGGUCCUUAAAUUUAGUUUCUCUGAGCUAAAGUACUUUUGCUGGGAUAAAUAUCCUGCCAAAUCAUUGCCACCCAAUUUUAAUCCAAAGAACCUUGUCGCACUUUACAUGCGCUAUAGCAAAGUUAAAAAACUUUGGACUGGUAAUCAGAAACUUGUUAAUUUGAAACAUAUUGAUCUCAGUCACUCUAAGUGCCUAUGCAAAAUGCCAGAUUUUUCACUUAUCCCAAAUCUUGAGAGCUUGAUUCUGGAAGAUUGCACAAAUUUGCUUGAGAGUUUCUCAUCUAUUCAUAAUCUUCAUAAACUUGUUAUCCUAAAUCUACGAGGCUGCAAAGGCUUUGACAAUCUUCCAAUUAGUGUUUAUUGGAAAUCUCUUCAAGAAGUUAAUCUCUCCAAUUGCUCAAAUCUCAAGACAGUUCCAUAUCUCCCUUGUACAGUUGAAGUGUUAUAUCUAGGUGGAACUUCAAUAAAAGAAUUGCUAUCAAUAGAGCAUCUACAUAGACUAGUAAAAUUGAGUCUUAGACAAUGCUCAAGACUUGAGAGGUUACCUGAGAGUAUUCAUGAGUUGAAAUCUCUAAAAUGUCUUUAUCUCUCGGGUUGUACCAAACUCAACAGAUUGCCGAAUGACUUGGGAAAUUUAACAACUUUGGAGGAACUUGAACUAGAGGAAAUUGCUUUAGUGGAUAUACCAACAUUUGUAACAAGUUUGAUUAACCUUAAGACAUUGUCUUUUGCAAGAUGUAAGAUGCAAAACCGAUCGAGUAUCCCACUCAUCCAUUUAUCAGUCUUCCAAAAGAUGACAAAGCUAAACUUGGCUGAUUGUUGCAUCGAAGUUUUACCCAACAAUAUUGGUGAAUUAUUCUCAUUAGAAUAUUUAUAUCUUGAUCAAAACAAUUUUGAGAGCUUGCCUGUGAGCAUCAAAGACCUCUCUAAGUUGGGAGAGCUUUAUAUAAGAAAUUGUCAGGGGCUUAAAUCUUUGCCAGAGCUUCCAAGCAACUUACUACGUAUGGAAGCAAAGAAUUGCAUAUCUCUUGAAUCAAUAUCAGGUUUACCGACCUUAUUCCUAAGUAUGCGGGAUUUAAUUGAGGGAAUUGACUUCAUCAAUUGUUUCAAACUAAAAUUAGAUAUGACAGAUGCUCUCUUGAAUAUUGAGAGAAAUGCAGAUGUGUGGUAUCGCCCUAUAGUAAGUCUAUCUCUCUCACUUUCUUAG